AUGACCAAAUACAUGGAUAGACAAAGGCCGCAUCUGUUGGGAAUACUAGGACCAGAGUACAGUUCAGAAACCAAGGAAGUGUCUCGUCUGCUGAGUUCCCUCCCGGAAGAGGAUCGUCUGCUGCAGAUCAGCUACUCCGCCACGGCCGCCUUCCUCUCUGACAAGAGUAUCUACAAAAACCUGUACCGGGUCAUAGAAACGGAUGAUGUACAAGUGGAGGUCACCCUGAAGCUCAUGCAAGCUCUGAACUGGAACUACGUAAGCAUCGUGUUCGACUCCGAUACCUACGGUCGGGAUGCAGCCUAUGCCCUCCGAGUAUCUGCAGAAGCUGAGGAUAUCUGCAUCCCUGUGUUCCUCUCUUUGGACCUGGGUCAAACUAAAAGUCAACAAGAGGCUGUAUUCAGUAACCUAACCCAACGUCUUCAGAAAUACGAAGAAAGUCCUGUGUUAGGAUUGGUCUUCUUUGGUCGAGCUGAAACAGCAAAGGACAUGUUUGUGUACCUUGAUAAACACUUGAAACUCACAAAUUUUCAAAUGAUUGUUUCAGAAUCAUUAGCCGUUGACAAAAUGUAUGUACAAGACGCAAAGGAUGGGCAAAUUAUCCCCAGAACUAAAGGUCUCUUGACUCAGAGUCCAGAUUAUUACGAUGUGGAAUCGUUCAGUCAGUUCUGGGCUGAUCUACACAAGCAUAUAACACUGAUAACGAAACACAUCAGGAAUAAUGAUUGGUUUCAUGGUUACCUGCAGAAAAUUACUGGAUGCCAAUUUAAGGACAGCAUGGUCAAUGCUACCGCCUGUCUCAAUAAUGCAAGCGAAUAUAUUCGUGGGCAUACGAAACUGAACUUGUAUACCCAUUAUGCUCUUCGUGGUGCUGCAGCGUUUGCGAAAACAGUUAAGCAACUAUAUACAGAAUGGGGUUCAAAUACUGAUGUUUGUUUUCCGUUGAGGAGUCAAGCAAUAUCAAAGAUGGAACAGAUCGUUGUCAGUACGAGAGGGGAUUUUAAGCAAGAGUUUCCUAACGUAAACAUUACCUUCAGCUUCGAAAAAGGAGAGAUUCGCUAUGCAAAGAAAGAAGAACCUGAUUAUACUGUCUUCAACUUCAAAUCCAAUGGCAGCUCAUUUGGAUUUUACAAGGUGGGGGAGUUUAGAGAUGACCGGUUAAAUAUAACAGACACAAUCGUGGCAUUUAAUAAGGACGAAGAAGAAACAGACGCCGUUCAUGCACAAUGUCAGAAAUCGUAUGAUUGUAUAAAGUGCUUGAAGUCAAACGAAGAUGCAAAGGUCUUAUACAUACCAGGUGAUUUCUAUAUCAUUGGUAUGGCACCCAUACACAACAAGGGUGGUACCUUUCUGAAGUGUGGAAGCGUGCGAGCCAUAUCUCUAAGUGUUGACCUAACAAUAGCAUUGCAGUUCGCUGUAUCCACCUUAAACAACAAGUCUGGCAUAUUUGGUGGGACUCUUGGCAACAAGACAAUUGGCUUGGUUGUACUGGAUACAUGUUCCAAUCCAUAUAAGAUACAAGAGCAGAUCAUUAGUUUGAAUGAUGGAAGCCUACGUCUUGACCAUAGUUCUAACAGUUCAAAGAUUUUGGACAAGAUAAUUGGUUAUAUUGGCCCUGCUUUCAGCUUCGUAACUGUACCUGUUUCAACAUUAUUGACACAAACCAAGACGUUGCAGAUCUCCUACUCAGCCACAGCUUCCACCUUGAGCAACAGAGGAUAUCAUCCAUAUUUUAUGAGAGCGAGUUCACCUGACCCCAAGCAAGCUGAAGUUAUCAUGCAGUUAGCUAAAAGGACUUCCUCGAAAUACAUACAGAUUAUCUUCUCGAAGGAGGAAUAUGGGAUAGAUGGAAAAGAAGCUCUUCUGGAUGCUGCACAGAAAGAGGAGAUAUGCGUGGCACAGACCGUUGAAGCUGAGAACACUGAUGAUCCAAGUAAACAUACAGGCUACAUUUCUAAGCUAAGACGAUACAGAUAUGCCAAAGUUGUCGUCGUGUUUGCAUUGCCGUUUCUUACACGUUUGAUCAUGCAGAACCUUGAUAAAGAUAUGGAAAGUAGAGAAUUUUCCUUUAUUGGUGGAGAAAGCUGGGCUCAAAUGGAAGACCUUUUAACAACAAACUUACGUGGUUCUAUAACAAUAGCUCAGAAGCUUCCUGAAAUUACCGCUUUUGCUGAAUACUUUAAAAAUAUAGACAUUCAAACUUACGAAAACCCAUGGCUGCAAGAGUACUUUGAAGAAAUUAAACAGUGCUAUGUACCUAAAAGUUUUCAAAGAAGAAUGGACAAAAAAUGUCCCUCAUCAAGGCUUGGUGACAGUAUCAAGCCUGAUUUGUGGAUCUUGUAA